AUGCCAGGGGUUACCGAUACUCGCAAAUCCGUUCUGAUCACAGGAUGCUCUCCUGGUGGAAUCGGAAAUGCCCUUGCUCGAGAGUUUCAUCGAAAUGGAUUGCGCGUGCUAGCUACAGCCCGUAAGGCGGAGACCAUCUCCGACCUGGCUGGUCUUGGCAUCGAGACUCUGAGUCUGGUGGUUGAUGAUAUCGAGAGUGUCAAAUCAUGCUACGCCGAAGUUGAGACGCGACUAGGAGAGAAAGGCUUGGAUUACCUGGUGAACAAUGCUGGUCGGAACUAUACCGUUCCCGCCAUGGAAGUCGAUCUAGCUGAGGCCCGCAAGACAUUUGAAACCAACUUCUUUGCUGUAAUUGUCAUGUGCCAGACCUUUGUGCCACUUUUGAUCAAGGCCAAGGGAACUAUUGUUCAAGUUGGAUCGAUCGCCGCGGUGAUUCCCUACGUGUUUGGAUCGGUCUACAAUGCCUCCAAAGCUGCGCUGCACUCCUUCAGUGAUGUUCUUCGAGUCGAAUUGGCUCCAUAUGGAGUUCAUGUCACGACAAUUGUAACUGGGGGCGUACAAUCUCGAAUUGCGCGCACCGAACGUCACUUACAACCGGAUUCUCUAUACGCAGACAUCGAGAAGGAAUACGGCCAGCGCGUAACUCAUAGUCAACAUAAUUCUAUGCCAAAUCAAUCAUACGCCAAGAGCGUUGUGGCUCAAGUCUUGUAUGGAUCAGCCCCGUGGCGUUGGGUGUGGCCAUGGGCGCAAGGACGAAAGCUUUGGAUUUGGGAGGGUCAUCGCAGCUGGGUCAUCUGGCUCCUCUCGGGAGGUUGGGCGUGGAAUGGAACGUUUGGAUGGGUUCUAGGGAAGAUGUUCAAUCUGGGCAAGAUCAGACCUAAGAAGUAA